UCUGGACUCGCGCUCCGCAAUAUAAUCAUCAAGUCCUGGAAUACCUUAGGUUAGCAUGCGGAACACCCGAUAUUCUCUUUUCCGUGUUGGCUUUCCAAAAUAGUUGUCGAGUUCCUGUUGCGGCCAAUCGCUUCGACUUCAGCCACCACUAUCGAGAGGGUCGUGGUCCGCCAUUAGUACAAUGGCGUUAAAUGUCCUUGACGACCCUUUACAAGCCGCUGGCUUCAUUCUCAUCAUUAUACUAACCCCCUUAUGUAUAUUGGCCACUGUACUGCGCUUCGUCGCCUCUUGGAUAACCUUGCGUAGAGUCGGUAUAGAGGACUGGCUGGCGUUGGGAUCAUUACUGUUUUACCUUGCUUGGGUAAUAUGUCUUAUUCUCAUCGUGCCGAAUCUCAAUGGCACAGAAGAUAUCCUAACCCUCCCUAUUGAGAAUACGAUAGCGGUUCUAAAGGAUAUCUACGUAGCAAGUCUCUUCUACCCGCCUAAUCAGCUAUGCGCCAAGCUUAGCAUUCUCUUCCUCUACCACCGCAUCUUCGCGGUCGACAGGAAGUUCGCGAUCUGGAUCAAGAUUCUAGGAGUUCUCCAGAUACUCAUCUCUUUUACCAGCUUCAUAUGCAACAUCUUCCAAUGUCGGCCUAUACGGAAGGCCUGGGAUCCCAGGGUGACCGAGGGCUACUGCGUUAAUAUCGGCGCGAUGCUCUCAGCGACGGAGACAAUAAACUCCCUUAUCGACUUCGCCAUGGCGAUUUUUGCCGUGUGGGCGCUGCGCGGACUUCAAACAACUCGGUCAACUAAGUGGAAGCUCGCAAUCGUUUUCGCGUUGGCGGGAAUGGCAGGGGUAAUCGGCUUCGUCAAAAUCGGGCUAGCUUUCGACUCGACGAUCUACAACCAAUUGAUGGAGGGUCUCUGGGCUACGGUCCAAAUGGCCUUCAGCGUGUUCUGCUGCUGCUCGAUCACGUAUAUGCCGCUGCUCGCGCGGAUCGGCAACUUCAAGCACAUCAAAUCCAGGAUCUACAGCUACGGAAGCAAAAUCAAACUACGGAAGCCUUCCUUGGCCAAGAGCGGGCAGAGCUCUCGCGAUGGCUGGAUUGACAUAGAAGGCAGGAAUCGGAUGGAGGUGGAUAGCCUCAAUAUGGGAUAUCCGGUGAAGACGGUUCACAUCCAGCAGAGUUUUGAGCGAAUUUAGCACGCGAUUGCAAAACUGGGAACUGGAAUUGGAAUUGGAGUUGCUCCUUGAUGGGUGGAAAGGCCGGGUUUGGAGCAGGAUUCACCUAGGUAGAAUAGAUACCACAUGCUAUGCGAACGAACCGAUCAAGGUGCUGACAAAGUAUCCAAGCUUCAUGCGUACCUAACCAUUUGAAUCCCAUAUU